CUGCCACAGUGGCACUGAAGACGUCGACAGCAGCACACGUGAUGGCUACCCUCCGAAAGUUCGACAUGAGAAUCCUCUCGCCGGAGCGCUGACGGCUACUUAAACAUAAGGGCGAGAGCCCCGGGCCGGAGCGGCGCAACGGCGAGUGCGAGCCGACAGCGAUGCCGCCCUCGGACGCGCCGCCCGCGCCCACCGCGCCGCCGCCCGACCCGCCCGCCACUGCCAACAACCAGCCCCAGAAGUCCCGGUCCCUGGUGGUGUCGCUGACGCCGCCCCGGGAGCGCGAGACCUGGGCCAAGAAGGCGGAGUUCCUGCUGGCGGUGGUCGGCUUCGCGGUCGACCUGGGCAAUGUGUGGCGCUUCCCUUACAUCUGCUACCAGAAUGGGGGAGGUGCAUUCCUAAUACCAUACUGCGUGAUGUUGCUGUUCGGCGGGAUGCCGUUAUUCUUCAUGGAGCUGGCGUUGGGCCAGUACCAUCGCUGCGGCUGCCUCACGCUCUGGAAGAGGAUCUGUCCUGCGCUUAAGGGCGUGGGCUACGCGAUCUGCAUGAUCGACAUCUACAUGGGCAUGUACUACAACACGAUCAUCGGCUGGGCGGUCUACUACCUGGUGGCGUCCGUCUCCUCCAUCAACUCGGUGCUGCCGUGGACGAGUUGUAACAACGAGUGGAACACCCCUCUGUGUUCCCCUGUGACGGCGCCGCAGACUAAUCCUAAUGCUUCGACACCUGCUAAGGAGUUCUUUGAACGCAACGUGCUAGAGCAGCACAAGUCCAACGGGCUGGACUACAUGGGCCCCAUCAAGCCUUCCCUCGCUCUCUGCGUGUUCGGGGUCUUCGUACUGGUUUACUUCUCACUGUGGAAGGGGGUCAGGAGUGCUGGGAAGGUGGUAUGGGUAACUGCGCUAGCUCCAUAUGCUGUGCUGCUGAUCCUGCUGGCGCGAGGAGUCACACUGCCGGGAGCCACCGAGGGCAUCCGCUACUACCUCACUCCAGAGUGGCAUAAGCUGCAGAAUUCUAAGGUGUGGAUCGACGCAGCUUCCCAGAUCUUCUUCUCGCUGGGCCCCGGGUUCGGCACACUCCUGGCACUGUCCAGCUAUAACAAGUUCAACAACAACUGUUACCGGGACGCCCUCAUCACGUCUUCCAUCAACUGUCUCACCAGCUUCUUAGCUGGUUUUGUUAUUUUCUCCGUUUUGGGCUACAUGGCGCACGUGCAGAACAAGAGCAUCGAGGAGGUGGGUCUCGAAGGCCCGGGGCUGGUGUUCAUCGUGUACCCUGAAGCCAUCGCCACCAUGACCGGCUCCGUCUUCUGGGCUAUCAUAUUCUUCCUCAUGCUUAUUACGCUCGGACUUGACAGCACUUUUGGAGGUCUAGAAGCAGUGACGACAGCGCUAUGUGACGAGUACCCGCGGGUGCUGGGGCGGCACCGAGAGGCGUUCGUAGCUGUGUUACUACUCUUUAUCUACAUCUGUGCCCUGCCGACUACUACUUAUGGCGGUGUCUACCUAGUAGACCUACUAAACGUGUACGGUCCUGGUCUGGCGAUCCUUUUCGUGGUGUUUGCGGAGGCAGCCGGCGUCUGCUGGGUGUACGGAGUGGACCGCUUCUCAGAAGACGUGAGGACCAUGCUGGGACACACGCCCGGUUGGUUCUGGAGGGCUUGCUGGUCCUAUAUCAGUCCAGUAUUCCUGCUAGUACUCUUCAUAGUAUCAGUGCUAGCACACGAGGAGAUGCUGGGCGGCGAGUACUCCUACCCAGCCUGGUCCAUCACGGUGGGCUGGGUCAUGACCGGCACCACCGUCUCCUGCAUACCUCUCUACAUCCUCUACAAGUUUAUCAUCACGCCUGGCAGCUUCCUUCAUCGAAUCAAAACCAUCAAGCGACCUGAAGUCAUCUCGAUACCGCCAACGGACCCAACGCUGUGCAGCCUGUGACCUGACCAAUACAGCUCAGCCCCUUUGCAGACGAAGCCAGCCAUCGAGUGGCUUGUCUAGAACUCUGCAGCACUCUGCAAAGUCGCCCCAACUCUGCAGUAUUACCCCAAUCAGUAUUAUAAAUAAAUAUUGCAACUUUACAUUUUAUUAGUUAAAAUUGUACUUAUAAGCGUUGAUAUAAAACUCCGGUAUGUUAUUGUAUUGUAGAUUUAACAACAUAAAUCAAAGUUACAUCGUAGAUUUUAGGCAUUAUCGGCUUUUGGUAAAUGUUUAAAAAAUAUUAUAUAGAAAAUUCGUAGUUCUUUAUAAUAUGUACAAAGUUUUCAAGAAAAAUAAUAACAAUCAGUAUGUUAUUGCUUUAAGUAAAAAUAAAGAAAGCCUACGUAAAAAGUGUAGUAUUAUAUUGUUCAGUAUUUUAGUAUUUAUUCGUCGUGUACUAAUAUACCAACAACGAAUAUAAAUAAGUGUAUAAUGGACUUGGAAUAAAUUAUUUAUAAGUACUGUUGUAUAUCCUAAAAAGUGUUGCUGGACAGACUAUAAAGAGUAAAUGCGUGGAUGUAAGAAAUAUUUAUACUACCUAUAAACUAUACAGGUUCAUAGAAAAUUAAUUUAUAUGAACUAGCAGUAGUUUUUGGUAGUAUAUUUAAUUUCAACUUGUGAAUAAAUGCAUGGAUUAUUUCUUAAAUACAUUUUAAUAUUUAGUCGUAAGCAAACCCCAUUGUAAAUAAGCUUUUUUAAAAAUAUUCAAAAAUAUAUACAUUUCUAUACUCCUGGGCAAUGAGUGCAGAAACGAUAUAUAUUUACUAUUAGAAAUAGGGUAUAUAACACCUGUAUAUAAUACUUGAAAUGUGAAAUGAAGUUUAUGGGAUCAUAUGCAUAGGUUUUCAAUGUAGAAAUACGAUAAUAAAACAGUAUCUUAAAGCAUUAUUACUUUGUAGAGAUAUUUAUUGAAACAUUGAUAAAUGUAUAUUAGAAUUAUAAAUAGUUAUAGUUGAAGUAACUAGUUUAUCUGACGAUAUUCCAAUUGGGUCUUCUUAUAAACAUUGUGUAGCAUAUUCGCGCAAUUUUUUGGCUUGAGACAAAUAAAAUAACAUUUGUAGAUUUGUAUUUUAUCGUAUUUAUGAUAAUAUAUAUUAACAAAAGAUAAAAUUAGAAUUAAUAAUAAUAAUGAAUUCGGGCUUACUUAGCUGCAGUUACUAGCUUUUUGAAUAACGAAAUUAAUUCGAUACGUAGCAAAAUAUAUCUUUGGAUCAUUAUCAUAUUAGUGAAAAAUAUAUUUAAAUAUUCGGGGAAUACAUAGAUAUUAGCCUACAAAAGUGUUGUUAUGACAUUUGACUCAAUAAAAUAUGUAUAAAAAUAUAUAACGUAUCGUGAAAAGUUCUUCAUUCAGUAGUUGUCUUAGAAAAAUGUAGCGAAAUAUUAUUUAUCGAACAAAAUAAUCUCCUUCCAGUUAUAAGCUUAUAUUAAACCAAUUUAGAAUCUAGAUACUCAAUAAAUAAUAAGUGUUUUUAUAAAAAAAUAUAUUUGAAAAGUAGUUCAUAUACCCACAGAGUUAUAUUUACGUGAUUUGACUAUAUUUGUUGAUUUAUUUUUGUAUGUGUUUUGUUGAUAAUGAUGUACUCAAUGUUGAUGUGUAGUGGUUGUUGUGUAGCCGUGUAUUCGUCGGUCGUGUGUUAGAAUAAACACAGAUGUGUAGACUGGGCCUGUACCAGCCAUUACAGGUCCAUCUA